AUGGCCGGCACCGAAGGCAAGAGCCAGAACCUUUCCUUCAUCCUCAACAAGCCUCACGACGUCGAGUUCGCCGAGCGCCCUAUCCCUAAGCUCUCUGACCCCCACGAUGUUCUCGUCGCCGUCAACUACACUGGUAUUUGCGGCUCCGAUGUCCACUACUGGGAGCACGGUGCCAUCGGCCACUUCGUCGUCAAGGACCCCAUGGUUCUCGGCCACGAGUCUGCCGGCACCGUCGUCCAGGUUGGUGAGGCCGUGAAGACCCUCAAGGCUGGCGAUCGCAUCGCCCUCGAGCCCGGCUACCCCUGCCGCCGCUGCGAGAACUGCCUUGCUGGCCGUUACAACCUCUGCCCCGACAUGCGCUUCGCUGCCACCCCUCCCUACGACGGUACCCUUACCGGUUUCUGGACCGCCCCCUUUGACUUCUGCUACAAGCUCCCCGACAACGUCUCCCUCCAGGAGGGUGCUCUGAUCGAGCCCCUCGCCGUCGCCGUCCACAUCACCAAGCAGGCCCAGGUCACCCCCGGCGCCAGCGUUGUCGUCAUGGGCGCUGGCCCUGUCGGUCUGCUCUGCGCCGCCGUCGCCAAGUCCUUCGGUGCCACCAAGGUCGUCAGCGUCGACAUCGUCCAGUCCAAGCUCGACUUCGCCAAGGAGCUCGCCUCCACCCAUACCUACCUCUCCCAGCGCGUUUCUGCCGAGGAGAAUGCCAAGGCUUUGAUCAAGCAGUGCGACCUUGGUGAGGGCGCUGACAUUGUCAUCGAUGCCAGCGGUGCCGAGCCUUCCAUCCAGACUUCUCUGCACGUCGUCAAGAUGGGCGGUACUUACGUCCAGGGUGGCAUGGGCAAGGCCGAUAUCAACUUCCCCAUCAUGGCCCUGUGCCUGAAGGAGGUCACUGCUCGCGGCAGCUUCCGCUACGGCCCCGGUGACUACAAGCUGGCCAUUGACCUCGUCGCCAACGGCAGAGUCAACGUCAAGAAGCUCAUCACUGGCAUCGUCAGCUUCAACCAGGCUGAGGAGGCCUUCAAGAAGGUCAAGGAGGGUCAGGUCAUCAAGAUCCUCAUCGCUGGCCCCAACGAGAAGGUUGAGAGCGAGCUGAGCACCAGCGUCGAUCCCAAGAAGGUGGCCGAGAACGGCAACCAGGGCGGAUGCUGCUAA